AUGAGCGUGCCUCACAAGAUCUUUUACUGGGUGGAAACCACUGUGGAACAUGAGUACGGCGCCCUGAAGCCCGAGAAGGUCGCGACCUCCCAUGGCGUCCCUGCAAAAGAGCUUUUCAAGUACUGGCAGAAGGAGAUCGACUGCGACAAGGCAGUGCAGACGCUACCCCGGACCUUGACGCUGAUCAUCUUCUUCGCGCUGAUGCUGUUGAGCCACGAGGUCCUCGGCCCCGCACAAAGCAUCGAGAAAGCCAUCCGCUUCGACAUCGAAGAGAAUGCCAACUUCGCCUUCAACGGUGUGGGUACCUUCGGCAACAAGAACUACCAGGAUGUCAACAACUUUGCGGACUUCUACUCAUGGCUGCGCUUGGGCUUCUCGGCGGUGUACCUGCCGCAGACGAAGGCCGUCUCCGAAGGCUCCACGCUGCCGAGCGUGUCGCUGGACAAGUACACUAAGGGCUCGUACCUGGAAUACAACCGGAAGGUCGGGCCGGCGAAGCUAUCACAGGAGAAAGCGCAGGCCAAGCCCUGCGACAACCAGCCGCUGGUCCAAAUCGUCAGCGACACGGGGAACAUCACCACUUCUGCGACUGACUGCCACAGCCUAGACAACGAGUACUACAUUCCACCCACGGAGUUCGAUGCGAAUUUCAAGACCUUCAAUGAGGACAUAUCCAGCACCGUUUGGUUGCACCCUGACCAAGAUAUGAGCAGCGUGAUCCAAUCUCUCGAAGCCUCGGAUUGGCUGAACUCCGAAACCCAACACUGGAAGCUGACUUUGGUGACCUACAACCCGGACUACGACAUUUUGGUUGUGACUGGCAUACACUUUCAGCUGAGCCGUUCCGGGCGGAUCUGGAAGAACAUCACCUUCAUGUCCUUGAAGAUGCAACCCUACGCAAACCUGUGGUCUUUGUGCUGGGAGAUCCUUUUCUUCGGCUCCAUCGUGACCAUCUUCGUGGAAGAGCUCUGGGAGGUCUCCUCCAGCCUUUGCGCGGCUUCGUCGCGGGGGCGUUGCCGCUGCUUUUACUUCCUCAGGAGCUAUUUCACCGUGUGGAACCUUGUGGACUGGACCUCCAUCGCCAUCGCCUUUACCCUGUUAGGCAUGUGGAUCAUGAGCCUGUUUGCCCGAUCGGACCUCCAGGAUGUCCUGGGCCAAAACAUCGUCGAAUGUGGAUCGGGGGGCAGCAACUGUGAGUCGCUCACCGGCGAUCUGCUGGCCUCCGCCGUUUCCACUGGGACCCUCGUGGGCAGGACCAGCCUGGUCAGCAGCUUCUAUCCCUUCUGCAUCCUGCUGCGCUUGUUCAAGGCCUUCUCCCUUCAGCCACGACUGGCUGUUGUGACACGCACGCUUUGGGCAUCCUUCGCCGAUUUGAUGCACUUCGGCAUCAUCUUCAUCUCCGUGUUUGUGACCUUCGUGUUCAUGGCAAUGGGCUUCUUCGGGCGCACGGUGGAAGGCUACGGCAACUUCCAGAUCGCAUUUGUGACCCUCUUUCGCUCGCUGAUGGGUGACUCUGAUUUCGACAGCAUGGAAGACCAAGUCGGCCGAGUCAUCGCGGGCAUCUUCCACAUCACCUUUAUGCUCACGAUGCUUCUCAUUCUGCUCAACAUGCUGAUUGCCAUCAUCAUGGACGUCUACGCGGAGACAAAAAGGAACGCGCAGUUCAGCGAUACGGUGUGGCAUGACGUUUGGGACUUCCUCACGCGAUUGUACCAGAAGCGAACAGGCCAUCGCGUGAGCAUCAGACAGGCCAAGAAGGCCUAUCUGGCGAGCCUGGAAGAUCAGGCAGCGGAGGCAGAGAUCGAGGCCAACAACCCAAAGUCAAUGAGCCCGGUCACCUUGGAGUCCCGCCGCACUAUCAACAUACACAACGUGGAAGAGAGCGAUGUAAUGGUGACCGCAGAGAUUCUGCUGCAGAAGGUGCCGAAGAUGACGCUGGAACAGGCAGAGGGAACGAUCGUGGAAUCUAUCAAGUGGUUUGAGCUUACCACCCCAAUGGAGGUGCGCCAGGAGGAUGUCCUUCUAGGCAUUCGUCAGCUGCAGCAGGUGCAUGGCAUCUCCCCGGCCGCCGUGCUCAGCAGUCGCACCCCCAGCAAGCAGGACUUGACGAAGCCCAAGGUAGAGGGGGAGGUGGACGAGAAGCUCCAAGCUCUUGCCGAGCAGGCCUCGGUACGGGACUUGCUGAGUGCGGCCAUGGUGCGCUUGGACAGUAGCACAGAGUCGCAGCGAUCUAAGAAGUUGGUUGCCCAAAUGAUCUCCUCCCUGCAAAUGAUCAUGGAGGAUGAGCUCGUUGACAUGAGGGGCAUCUAG